AUCUCCGUCACUUCCCUCUCUCUCUCUCUCUCUACAGAUCUCUCUAUCUAACACAAUGCAAUCAGCUCUCUCUCUUUCCUUCUCACAAACAUCGCUUCCUUUAGCGAAUCGUCCGCUUUGUUCAUCUAACGUAGCGCCUUCUUUUACGCCGAGAAAUCUCCGGUUCUGUGGACUCCGGCGAGAAGCGUUUGGUUUCUCUCCGUCGAAGCGAUUGACCUCGUGCCGGUUUCAAAUUCAGAAUAGGAGGUUCGAAAUCUCCGCCUCAGCUGGAAAUGGAGCUCCGUCGAAAUCUUUCGAUUAUGAUUUGAUCAUUAUCGGAGCUGGAGUUGGCGGCCAUGGAGCUGCAUUACACGCCGUUGAGAAGGGACUCAAAACUGCAAUCAUUGAAGGAGAUGUUGUUGGAGGGACUUGCGUUAACAGAGGCUGUGUGCCUUCCAAAGCUCUCCUUGCUGUUAGUGGUAGGAUGCGAGAACUACAGAACGAACAUCACAUGAAGGCAUUUGGUCUGCAGGUUUCUGCUGCCGGUUAUGACCGUCAGGGUGUGGCUGACCAUGCAAGUAACCUUGCUACCAAAAUUAGGAAUAAUCUCACCAAUUCUAUGAAGGCACUUGGUGUGGACAUAUUGACAGGGUUUGGCGCUGUUCUGGGCCCACAAAAGGUUCAAUAUGGUGACAAUAUUAUUACCGGAAAAGAUAUAAUCAUUGCAACUGGAUCUGUACCGUUUGUCCCGAAGGGAAUUGAAGUUGAUGGAAAGACCGUUAUCACAAGUGACCAUGCAUUGAAAUUGGAGUCCGUUCCUGACUGGAUUGCGAUAGUAGGAAGUGGUUAUAUCGGUCUUGAGUUCAGUGACGUUUACACGGCCCUUGGAAGUGAGGUAACUUUUAUUGAGGCGCUAGAUCAGCUGAUGCCUGGAUUUGAUCCUGAGAUCAGUAAGCUGGCUCAAAGGGUUCUGAUAAAUCCAAGAAAGAUUGACUAUCAUACUGGAGUGUUUGCAAGCAAAAUCACUCCAGCAAAGGAUGGAAAGCCAGUGAUGAUUGAGCUUAUUGAUGCCAAAACCAAGGAACCCAAAGAUACUUUGGAGGUGGACGCUGCUCUUAUUGCUACUGGAAGAGCUCCAUUCACCAAUGGACUCGGCCUGGAAAAUAUCAAUGUUGUGACGCAGAGAGGUUUUAUACCAGUUGAUGAGCGAAUGCGGGUGAUCGAUGGAAAUGGAAAGAUGGUUCCACACUUGUACUGCAUCGGUGAUGCCAAUGGUAAAUUGAUGCUCGCUCAUGCAGCCAGUGCCCAAGGAAUUUCUGUGGUGGAGCAAGUCACAGGAAGAGAUCAUGUGCUUAAUCAUCUUAGCAUCCCAGCUGCUUGUUUUACUCAUCCUGAAAUCAGCAUGGUGGGAUUCACAGAGCCUCAAGCCAGAGAAAAAGGUGAGAAAGAGGGAUUCAAAGUAAGUAUUGCCAAAACAAGUUUCAAGGCAAACACAAAGGCCCUAGCCGAAAAUGAAGGAGAAGGAAUUGCAAAGAUGAUAUACAGACCUGACAAUGGUGAAAUCCUUGGAGUACAUAUAUUUGGGCUGCAUGCUGCUGAUCUUAUCCAUGAAGCAUCUAACGCGAUUGCUUUAGGAACACGCAUUCAGGACAUAAAACUUGCUGUUCAUGCACAUCCAACGCUGUCCGAAGUUGUUGAUGAACUAUUUAAAGCAGCCAAGGUUGACAGUCCCGCUUCAGUAACAGCACAAAGUGUAAAAGUGGCUGUAUAAACAAGAAAUAUUAGAAAGCAGCCUGUAAACAAAAGUUUUGUGGAAGAAGACAUUUGUACUUUACCAUAUUUGACGAAGGACAAAGAUUGAGUCUCACAUUUCAUCACGUAUGUUUGUUUCAUUUC